AUGCAAUACAAAAGAACUUUAGCCACUUCAGUUUUGGCCGCUGGUGCCUUAGCUGCCUAUGUUCCAAAGGAGCCAUGGUCAACUUUGACUCCAUCUGCUACUUUCAAGGGUGGUGAAACAGAUUAUGCUUCUACUUUCGGUAUCGCUGUUGUUCCAAAGGCCUCUGCCACUGCUUCUCUAGCUAAGAGAGCUUCCGCUUCUCAAAUUGCUGACGGUCAAGUUCAAGCUACAACUAAGGCCGCUGUCUCUCAAAUAGCUGAUGGUCAAAUUCAAGCCACAACUAAGACUACAAAGGCUGCUGUCUCUCAAAUCAAUGAUGGUCAAAUCCAAGCCGCUACUAAGGCUGCUGUCUCUCAAAUCGGUGAUGGUCAAAUUCAAGCUGCUACCAAGACUACAAAGGCUGCUGUCUCUCAAAUCAAUGACGGUCAAAUCCAAGCUGCUACUAAGGCUGCUGUUUCUCAAAUCGGUGAUGGUCAAAUCCAAGCCGCUACCAAGACUGCUGCUGCCGUUUCCCAAAUUGCUGACGGUCAAGUUCAAGCCACUACAAAGGCUGCUGCUUCUCAAAUUGGUGACGGUCAAGUUCAAGCUACAACUAAGGCUGCUGCUUCUCAAAUAACAGAUGGUCAAGUUCAAGCUACUCAAACUUCCGGUGCUAACCAACAAGCUGAUGGCCAAGUCCAAAACAAGGACAGUACCGAUCCAGUCAAGGGUGUUUCCUGUAAGGCCUCUGGUACUCUACAAAUGAACUUGAAGGGUGGUAUUUUAACUGAUGGUAAGGGUAGAAUCGGUUCUAUUGUUGCCAACAGACAAUUCCAAUUCGAUGGUCCACCACCACAAGCUGGUGCCAUCUACGCCGCUGGUUGGUCUCUAACCCCAGAAGGUAACUUGGCCAUUGGUGACCAAGAUACUUUCUACCAAUGUCUAUCUGGUAACUUCUACAACUUAUACGAUGAGCACAUUGGUUCUCAAUGUAACGAAGUUUACCUACAAGCCAUUGACUUGGUUGACUGUUAA